ACUGGCAGUACUUGUUUACUGGUGGAGGUACACAGGGAAAGACGAGAGGGGGAAAACCAUACCGACGACAACACGACUGAAGUUUUCCCACUUUCCGCGCAUUUCCACGCCAAUUCCCACAGCUAAACCGCACAUCGAGCCCUUGUGGACUGAACUGACGGCUUUUACGGACAGUCCAGACGCGCGCUGCACGCAAGUCUGUUGAUUAACGUGGAAGAUUAACGCAACGCGGCCGAGACGCGCGUACGCUCGCACACUUUGGGAGCAUUGUGCUGGGAGCAGAGGCUUUUGGGGAAUAUCAAUAUCUCUUUUUUUGCGUUGGAGACUUUGAAAAUACACGAAAGUGUGUGGAUAUUUAAUUUUGCGUGUCGUGUGAAUGCCGAAACCCAGAUAUCGGAUUUUGAUGCGCGCAUGUGUUUAUGGAGAUGUCCAUUUUACGACGCGUCUUGAAGGCUGAGCUGUCUCCAAGAUAGACACAUUUGGCAGCGCGUGAAACGACCUGUGGAAUAAGGCUUGUUUAUUUGCACCUGUUCCGGGGGGGCAUUACGAAUUUGACACAUUUGUGAAGUUUUUGUCUAUUGGGAAACACGUUGCGCUUUUCUGUGAGCAGUGGGAAUAUUUAUUAUUAUUUAUUUUUAGUUUUUUCCAGGAUACCCACACUGGGAGUUCAUAUUGGUAUUUCUUUUUCCACAAUUAUUUCCAGACUGGUACCUCUUCAAAUCUGAGGUAUGAAAAAAAUCAGGUGCUGUACCAUUUCUUCAAUUUUUUUAUGUUUCAUCUACUGAACGUUAAAGGAUGAUGCAUCGCAACAAUCGUUCAACAUGAUUCCUAUUCGUUUAUUUUUCACCCGGGUUCAAGAUCAUGUUAUUUAAUAGUGAAUUCACCCAUGCUGUGUAGUACGCACUACUAGUACGACUGGACAUUAUCUUGAACUGAAGCACGCUGGACCCCCGAGUCCCUUCUUAGGGGGUCUCAUUUAAGUUGUUCCUCAGACUGAGACGGUUUUGGGAGUUAUAUUUACUAGUUUAUCUGCUCUACAACGAUUUUGAACACACCAGAGGUGGAUCUGAUUUCCCAGGGAAACUAAAACGUGUCGCGAGGCAUAAUGCGGCUGGACGCCAGUGUGGUUGUUUUGGUCACGUUCAUCUACGUUGCGUGCCACUGCGGAUCAUUAAAUGGAGAAAUUUGCCCCAGCACGGACAUCCGCAACAGCGCAAGCAACCUGCGUGUUCUCGAGAACUGCACGGUUAUCGAGGGCCACCUGAAAAUCCUGCUCAUGUUCAAGACCAGACUGGAGGACUUCCGUGGCCUGAGCUUCCCGAAACUCGUCAUGAUCACGGACUACCUGCUCCUAUUCCGCGUCUAUGGCCUGGAAAGUCUCUCCGACCUCUUCCCCAACCUCACCGUCAUCCGCGGCAACAACCUCUUCUUUAACUACGGCCUCGUCAUGUUCGAAAUGCUCCAGCUGAAAGAGAUCGGCCUUCACAGCCUGACCAACAUCACGCGGGGGGCCGUGCGCAUCGAGAAGAACCCGGACCUCUGUUACCUUGCCACCCUCGACUGGUCGAAAAUUUUGGACUCGGUGGAGGACAACUACAUCGUGGCCAACAAGGACGAUCGCGAGUGCGGAGAUGUUUGUCCUGGUACCGUCACCGGCAUGACAACCUGUAUGCAGACCACCAUUAACGGGAAUUUCGGCGAUCGCUGCUGGAACCAGGAUUAUUGCCAGAAAAUGUGCCCUUCCGAAUGCAAGCACGGCGCCUGUACACCCCACAAGGAGUGCUGUCACGAACAGUGUUUGGGCGGCUGCUCCGCUCCAGGGAACGCAACCAAAUGCGUGGCCUGUCGAAAAUUCCUGUUGGGAGACACUUGCGUUGAGCACUGUCCGCUAGGCUACUACACCUUCAAGGGAUGGCGCUGCGUGUCCUUUAAAUUCUGCCAGGACCUUCACAAUCAGUGCAAGGCCAAGAGUGGCGAUUGCCAUGAGUAUGUCAUUCACAACGGAGCCUGUUUGCCAGAAUGCCCGUCUGGAUACACCACCAUGAAUUCUACCACGCUGAAUUGUAGGCCGUGUGCAGGACGCUGUCCCAAACUGUGCACAGGAUUGAAGACGGUGGACUCAGUCACCGCUGCGCAAGCUCUGCGUGGGUGCACGGUGCUCAAUGGGAGUCUGAUCAUCAAAAUCCGUGGAGGAAAUAAUAUUGCUUCCGAGCUGGAGUCCAGUUUGGGUCAACUGGAGGAGAUCACGGGCUACCUGAGUAUCCGCAGGGCGCAUGCCCUCGUCUCGCUUUCCUUUCUCCGCAAGCUUCGCGUUAUUCGCGGCGAAACCCUGGAACUUGGGAACUUUUCCUUCUACGCCCUGGACAACCCGAACCUGAGACAACUUUGGGACUGGUCCAAACACAACCUGACCAUCACUCAUGGCCGGAUGUUUUUCCUCCACAACUCUAAGCUCUGCAAAUCUGAGAUCCUCAGAAUGGAAGAGGUCACCGGGACCAAGGACAGGAGACCCAAAAACGAUAUCAACAUCCCUACUAAUGGAGACCAGGCAUUUUGUGAAAAUCAAGUCCUCCGGUUUAGUCAGAUCCGCACAACUCACAACAUGAUCUACAUAAGGUGGGAGGCAUUCUGGCCACCAGAUUUCAGAGAUCUGCUGGGAUUCAUGGUCUUUUAUAAGGAAGCGCCUUUUAGGAACGUGACCGAAUAUGACGGACAGGAUGCUUGUGGAUCUAACAGCUGGGCAAUUGCCGAUGUGGAGCCUCCUCUACGCGGCGCUGAGAGCAACGGCAUGAGAGAGCCGGCCUAUCUCAUCAUGCCCCUCAAACCCUGGACCCAGUAUGCCAUCAUGGUCAAAACGCAGCUCGCCGCCUCCGACGACCACCAGGUCCGCGGGGCCAAGAGCAACAUCAUCUACGUCCGCACCAAUGCAACCAAACCCUCGAUACCUCUGGACCCCAACUCCUUCUCCAACUCCUCCACGCAGAUCAUUCUCAAGUGGAAGCCGCCCUCCGAUCCCAACGGAAACAUCUCCCACUACCUGGUCUCCUGCCAGAAAAAGGAAGAAAACACCGAGCUCCUGGACUACUGCCAAAAAGGGAUGAAAGUUCCAUCCCGCACGCCAACCCGCUACGGCAGUGAGGAGGAAGAAAAGUGGAAUAAAACCGACAUGCCCGGCCAGACUGGUCCAUGCUGUACCUGCCCCAAAACGGAGACCCAGCUGAAGAAAGAAGCUGAGGAGUCAGAAUUUCGCAAGACGUUCGAGAACUACCUCCACAAUGAAGUCUUUGAACCCAAACCCAGCCGGCGACGUCGCUCGGUGGGCGUGGCCAAUGCCACCGUACCGAACUUUCAGAUAACGCCUACCAGCCUUUUCGACAUUACCCCUACUCCGACCACGGGAGGCAAAAUCAGGAGGUUGGUCAGUGCCAAAGAGGCCACCGUCAUCUCCAACCUGCUUCACUUUACCAACUACAACAUUGAGAUCCAAGCUUGCAACCAUCCCACGGAUCAGAGCCGCUGUAGCUCGGCUACAUACGUCAGCGCUCACACUUUGCCUGAAGCAAAAGCAGAUGACAUCGUUGAACCGGUGACACACGAAAUGCUUCCAGAUGAACCGGAGUUUGUGCAUAUCAAAUGGCAGGAACCGAAAGCGCCCAAUGGAAUGAUCAUACUGUACGAAGUCAAGUAUCUCAGGAUGUCCGAUAACUACGAGGAUCAAAUAUGCGUGUCGAGAAUCAAUUAUGAGAAGCACCAGGGAUGUCGAUUAAGAGUGGGGUAUCCUGGGAAUUAUAGUGUAAGAAUCCGCGCUACCUCGCUGGCCGGCAACGGCUCCUGGACCGAACCAACAUACUUCUUCAUUCCAGACAGGGAAAUGAACAUGAAAAUCAUCAUCGGUCCUGUCAUCUGUAUCCUCGUACUGCUGAUUCUGGCCUUAACAGUCGUCUUUGUUCUUAGGAAGAAGCAAACUGAAGGACCGACUGGACCUUUGAUUGCAUCCUCGAAUCCAGAGUACUUAAGUGCAAAUGAUGUUUAUAUUCCAGACGAAUGGGAGGUGCCCCGGGAGAUGAUCAACGUUCUUCGAGAACUCGGUCAAGGAUCUUUCGGGAUGGUUUACGAAGGCAUCGCCAAGGACAUCAUAAAGGGCGAAUCCGAGACGCGAGUGGCCGUGAAAACCGUCAACGAGUCGGCGAGCCUGCGCGAGAGGAUCGAGUUCCUCAACGAAGCGUCUGUCAUGAAAGCUUUUAGUUGUCAUCAUGUGGUUCGUUUGUUAGGCGUGGUUUCUAAAGGACAGCCGACAUUGGUUGUGAUGGAACUGAUGACCCACGGAGAUCUGAAGAGCUACUUGCGCAACCUCAGACCUGAUGCUGAGAAUAACCCAGGUCGUCCACCACCUACCUUGAAGGAGAUGUUUCAGAUGUCAGCGGAGAUAGCAGAUGGCAUGGCUUACCUCAACGCUAAAAAGUUUGUGCACAGAGACCUGGCAGCCAGAAACUGCAUGGUGGCCGAAGAUUACACGGUGAAAAUAGGAGAUUUUGGUAUGACCCGAGACAUCUACGAGACCGAUUACUAUCGUAAGGGUGGCAAGGGGCUUCUACCCGUCAGAUGGAUGGCGCCAGAGUCGCUUAAAGACGGCGUUUUCACCGCACACUCAGACUGCUGGUCUUUUGGAGUGGUAUUAUGGGAAAUCAACACGCUUGCCGAGCAGCCUUACCAGGGACUGUCCAACGAGCAGGUCCUUAAAUUCGUCAUGGACGGAGGAUACUUGGACAGGCCGGACAACUGCCCAGAGAGGAUGCACAACCUCAUGCAGAUGUGUUGGCAGUACAACCCCAAGAUGCGGCCCACCUUCCAAGAAAUCAUCGAGAUGAUGAAGGACGACCUGCAUCCGAGCUUCCAAGAGGUCUCCUUCUUCUACAGCGAGGAGAACAAACCGCCGGAGAGCGAGGAUUUCGACAUGGACUUCGAGAACAUGGAGAGCAUUCCACUGGACCCUUCAUCGUGCUCCCAAAGAGAGGAAAGCCUUAGCAGUAGAGACAACGGGCCAUCCGUGGGCCUACGGGGCAAUUACGAGGAGCAUGUGCCCUAUACGCAUAUGAACGGUGGAAAAAACGGGCGAAUAUUGUCUUUGCCCCGAUCGAGUCCGUCCUAACGUUUAGCCUUUUCUUUCGUUUUUAAAAAGGACGAUUUAUUUUUGCAGAGGCCCUCAAAGAAAUAAACGAUACGAAUCUCAGGUCUUUUUUGUUGUCGUUACCUUCUCGUCAGUACACUUGCAUGGUUACGAGGAUGCAGACUUUUCCCCCGUCAGAAACGCUUUCCGACUUAACACUUUUACGCCAAGUUUCCAAGACGGCUUGGUGUGGGGGGAAAUUGAAACUGUGAACGUGACUAAAUCAACCAGAAAGCUGCUUCGGCUACAUCACCUCAAUCAACUUCCUUUUCCCUUGGAUGCUUAUUUCCUGUUCCUGUUUUUUUGAUGGAAAUCUUUUAAAAUAGUGGCCUUUUGUUACGUGGCCUAUGAACACAUAAAGGAGUCUAUUAAUGCGUGAUCAUUUCACAAGAACAAUGACUUCAUUGUGGAACUGUACGAUGGCAUAUAUUCUUUUAGAACAAACAUUUGUUUUCAUUGGGGAAUUAUUUUGUCCUGACUUCACCCGGAUGUUAUUUGCGUACUGGUGAAAGAGGUUUAAUUUAUUUGCGUUAUGUUUGAUUUUAACUUUUCUUUGAGCUUUUUACUCCUGUGUCCUUUAUGCCGGCUGAAGGAUAUUUAACAGUUACGAAUCGGACGGGAUUUCUUCAGACUGACCAAUAGCUGCUGCUGCUGCAUAUAUAGUGGGUAUUAAAUAUAUACACACACAAAUUUAUAUAUAUAUAUAUCUAUAUAAAAUAUUGAUUGGUAUUAUCAGUAUUUUAAACGUUCACGACAUCUGAACUUUUGUACAUAAUUCUAUUGUCUUUUUCUAAUGUUUUUCAUCAGAGGCUUUGAUUAUAUGAUAUUUUUUGCAAAUUGUGUCUCUUUUUUGAAAAUGCGUUGUUUUUUUAUGUCUAACCAAAAAGAAAAGUGCAUUAUCGCGCAAGUCGACUUGCGGCGAUAUUCCGACAUACAUAGGGGGAGCAUUUUUGGUUUGGUUUUGGUGGGAACGUUUAAAUUCAAAAUUUGAAAUUUAACAAAAAUAAAUAUAAAAUUUACGCUAAUUAGUUUUUUCCGAUUAAAAUUCAGGUUAGCCCGGAAUUUUAUCCUUAGAAUUCUGUCUGGUGUAGUAGCGAAAGUUUUGGGAAUGAAGUUAGUGGGACAAAAAAGUUAAUCUUGGCCCCAUUUGGCGGUUAACCUGGAUUUUUAGGCGUAAAAAUUAAAGUUCGCCUCUGAGGAAUGCUAAUUUGUUAGUUGUUAACAGAAAGUAAAUUCGCAUUCUUUAGUUGCACCUAUAACGGAGAAAACAAAUGGAAUGUGCGUUUACUUUUAAAUAUUGGAUGACAUUUUAAACAAAUCACUCAAUAGCUUAAACAUCUAGUCUCGAGUACUUGUUAAGUGUAGUUUGCAUUGUUUAUUGUCGGUUAUUUUCGCCUCUAUUGCAAAUGGCCUUACUAUGCUUUAGUUCUGAAUAAGGGAAAUCAUAAAAGAAGACCAGGACGUAAACUAUAUUUUCAACUUUUCCUCUAAAUCCCCUUCACUAAACGGAGGAAGCACUGUUAAUCUUCACAGCUGAUUUCUAAUUUAUCCACUUCGUGCCUUCUCUGAUGGCAAAAUAUGGAUUACGUUUUUACUGGACUCUCUUGAUCGUCAUCCAAAAAUGUGCACAUUUCAUGUAUGUGCGUGUUUGUGUUCAUGUAUGUAGGUAUGUAUGUAUAUUUAUUUGUGGUGGUUGCGAGGGAAACGAGACGAAACAAGGAUAAAAUCUCUGCUUUUCGGAUUUUGGACGUUUUCGCCAUUUUCACUUUUUGUUUCUCGACUUGAAAUGCUCUCAAGACGUUAUUGCGGUAACAUGGUAAAAAUGUUCCUUUUCUCUGUCUUACCAGAUUUGCUUUGGGUGUGUACAUAUCAGAAAGAUUAUAAAACUAGUACUACGUACAGUACACCACUACCAAGUGGGUUUUUUAUUUUGCUGUAGCAUUUAACAGACAUCUUUACAGUUUUUCCUACGUAACGUUCAAAAAGGCAGAUAUUGAUAUUUUAUUUAUUUUAUGAUCCUCGUAAUUAUGUAAAUCCCAGCUAGCUUUUAUUACAAUACUUUAAGGCGGGUAAAACGUUCGUCAUUUUAGGUGUUUAUUCUUUGAGACAGCUGGAUAGGUCGAACAUGCGGCAUGUUUAUUAGUGCUAAUAUCUUUCUGUUGGUUUUUGGACACAGUCUACCUCAAUAUGUUAGAAAUGUAUAAGAGCCGUGUUGCAUCUCUUUGUAGUUAUUACAGUUUCUCGGACCGAUUUGGUUCGUUUCGGGGCAAGCUGAACAGCGAAAAAAACACACCUGCAAUUCCCAAUUCGUCCACUAGUUUAAAAUUCUCACGAUUUCAAAAAAUGACGAAUAUUUUUAUUAUUUUAAUUUUCCCUUUGCUUUGGGAAGCUUUGAACCCAAAGAUUCACUUUGACAGGUCCUUUUUCGAGUCAGAGCCAGGUUAUUUGUUUAAAUAUAAUUUUAAGAUUAUCCCGUAGUAUUUCUAAAUAUGCCAAUAUUUAUUGCAUAGGAUGUGCUCACUGAUCAGGUAUUAUGAGGUAUUAUUUCCUCGACUUUACAAAAGCACUUAUUUAAAUUAUAAAAUUUAUCUUUAUUAAAGCCACUGUUGUCGGUAACACUCACGUCCUUGAUGUUUUCUCAUUUAUGCCGAAACAAAUUUUUGUAUUGUUGGGAAACGAAUGUUUUAAAUCGCCACUGAAUCAGUUUAUGACUCGAAAGCUCCCACAAAACCUCCUUUUAUCGGCUAUAUAGCCGUAGUGGACGUUAAACAUUUUUUUCUGAUUUGCUUUGUGGAUAUCUUACAGGAAAAAGGUCUGAUCUCUGUUGCCCCAAGUUCAAGGCUCAACUGCAGAAAAUCUAUUCACUGUUCCUUUGUGUUUGUUUGUUUGUUCCAAAUGUGAUUUUUGUCAAUGUUGUGUCUUUUAUUUCCCAUGUGCAUCUGUGUUUCUACUGUGAAUUUUUCUAUCAAUGCCAUAGUUAUAGUACACACAGACUUUAUCUGCCUCGUCUUUCAAAUGCAUCUUCUUCAUAGAUUUCUGGACAAUCCAAUGUGCCAUAGAAGAAAGUUAUUUCCUCAGGGGGGUAAAGUUUAGGGUUUAAUUUUUUUUUUGGAGGAACAUCAAUUUCCACCGCUAGCGUCUACAAAACCAAACAGAAACUGCUGAAACACAUUUGGAUGCAAGCUGUGCGUUUUAAAGCAUGUUGAAUCUUUCUUUUCGGGGAAUAGAUCGAAUGCCCCCUGGUGGACAACCAAUGCGUGUCUAUGGCUUUGAUCCAUAGUGCCUUGCACAAACCUUAGUAUCCUCCAAGCCAACAAACUUUCCCCAUUUUCAGAGUUAUAAACCAACCUGUUGUACAAAUGUGUUUUUCAAUAUAGAUACAGAUAAAGCAAACCUUAAAGGUUAACACAUCUUUUGCUCAGUUAUUACUGUAUUGGUGUAUGUGAAUGAUUUUCUUGUUCAUUUGUUUGUUUCCAUUUUCAAUUAAGCUGAACCUGCCUCUACUUUUUGCUCCGGCUUGUGUGCGCUCAACAAAUCGCCUAGGAUAGAUUCAAAUCCAAAACAAUUUUGGCAGCUCCCAAUGUAAAAAAAAAUAUAUAAAAAAUAUAAUUUUGAUAAAUACUGUUAUGCUUUCGCAUAAACCCAAGUGACGUAAAAACGAAAUCAGCGAGCUAGAAAACGGCAGGUUGAGCACAAGGCAUUGUAUGUAUUUUAUUGUUUUUAAAAGGAAAAAGUAUUACACUUAGAGAUAUUAAUUUCUAUUUUUUUAGUCGAAAUAGGGAGGGCAAAUUUAAUUACUUUUUUUGACUGUAAACUUUUACUAUUCAUGUACAUUACGGAUUUAACGUUAUCAAUGUAUAUAGUUUUCUUUUCAAUGAAAGUGUAAUGUCUUUUGUUCACGACGUUACGCUGUGAUUUAGAGAUAUAAAUGACAAUGAGUUUAUCGGAUGAGAACCGUUCGGCGUUUGACCUCAAACGUUCUUUGUACGAACUUUUGCAUUGUUGUUUUAUUUGUUCGUUUAUUUUUUUCAUGUACAACUACUUGUUUGCCAUCCAAGAAAUGAUUGCAUAUCAUUUGUCUGCAUUUUGUAUCUGUAAAUUGUCUUUGCUUUGUAUAAUGCGGAAAAUUGGCAAAUUCAUAAAGGUGACCGUUCAAAUAAACAAUUGUUUUUCAAUGUGAAAACCA